CUCCCAAACUAUUUUCGCAGCACUGGUAAUCGUAGUUGUAGACGUCUUGCUCUAUGGAUUUUGUUCUACUGGAAGUGCGUCUCAACUGACUCAAGUGAGGACGUCGCUUGCCGCCGCUCGCCGGCCUCUUUCAUCUUGUAGGCAGCAUCACAUGACGAUCAUACCUUCAGCUGAGUAGAGCUGGAGUCCUGUAUGUGGAUGCUGCUACUUUGGCUUCUUCAACUACAUAGUGCCUUCUUUAGCUUUCUUACUCUAAAUCUUAGCUAAAAUAGUAUUGCAAUGUAGAUCAGAAUCAAGAAAUGAAUGGAUGGGGACGCUUGUUUUUUCUCCGCCUGUAAUACCUCGAAUGCAAUGGAACGUGCUGAUGGCGGCCAAUCUCUCAUGUGUGUAGCUCCUGCUGACCAAGCUGAGCUCCUUGGAUCCCUGCAUCAGGGAAUGAGUACUGACACCAUGGAUGCUGUGGCCGACAUUCGUGGCAGACGCCCCAAAACCCAUGGACAAACCACGGCUGGCGUUCCGGAUACAGGGCGUGCAAUGACGGAGAGCGGACGCAUGUCCGAUGUACAAAGGCGUGCUAACGAGAGCCAGGCGGUGGUGAAAGUCCAUGCAGUGUCUGAUGACGGGUCAAAAACCUGCAGCUUUGACUUCGAUGUUAGUCAAUCGACGUUUGCCGACUUCCAAUCUCGUGUUUCUCGCUGCCUUCAACUGGAUCAGUUUGUGUGCACAUACAGCACCAGUCCACAGUUUCUGGCCAUGCGCUCCAUCAAUCCGUACCGCCAGCAGAUGCUGACAUCAGACCUGGAACUUAGUUGUGCGGUGAUGAGCACCGGUGUCAGUGACUCACCUAAGCUUUAUGUCCGUGCCCAUCAAAAUCUAGGUGGUGACCUCCUGUCCAUGAGUCGACCUCGAUCACUUCGCAGUAUAUCCGUUCCAAUUUCCGGUGACGGCUGGGAUUUGCUGGAGGAUAGCAAGGACGUUGUGCGCUUGUGGCGCCAGUUGCCCUCCAUUAGCGACCUGCCGUUCGCACGCCUGCUUCAGUGGCAUCAGCGUCAGCCCAUGAAUCAGGUCACGAGAACCGUUCAUGGCCUUGCGCAGCGCUUGCCCUUGCAGGGUUUUGAAUGGUCGUCGUACUUGGAUCAGAGAGGACGCGUGGUGCGCGAGGCUGACUUUCGCCUGAGGGUAUUUCACGGCGGUGUGAGUGGUGACCUUCGUCCGUCGGCAUGGAGGCACAUCCUCUAUGUGUUUCCACCACACUUGACCAGCGACGAGCGUGAAACCUUUCUGGAAAAACGCCGGAGGGAGUACAUUGAGCUAAGAAAUGCCUGGAAGAAUACCGAGUGCACUCCAUCUAUCCGCUCGCUGAUGAGCACAAUAGACAAUGAUGUCAUCCGGACUGACCGUCGCAACGAGUGUUUCCGCGAUGAUGACAGCCCGUAUCUGAAAUCACUAUUCAACAUCUUGAUGACAUUUGCUCUUAACGAUCCGGUGGUGUCAUAUGUGCAAGGUCUCAACGACAUCGUGGCCAUCUUGCUGCAGGUGUAUGGUGGUGACGAGGUAGAUACGUACAUUGCCUUCCACGGCUUCAUGCGCUGCAGUCGGUCUCUCUUCACACCGGAGGGCCUCGCUCUCAAAUCGGGCCAUUUGAUGGCACUCCUGCAGCGCUUCGACUCAGUCUUCUAUGAUUACCUAUGCCACACGAAAUCUGAAGACCUGUUCUUUACGUACCGCUGGCUGCUGUUGGAUCUCAAGCGUGAGUUUGAUCAAGUUGACGUGAUGCGCUUGUUCGAAGUUCUAUGGUCCACUCUGCCACCGCCGAGUCAGUAUCUUACCAGCCUACACAGUCCAUCACCAGAGGCGGCAGCGGCACCUGGCUCGCGUGGUCUAAGCCCUGAGGCUGUGGUUUCUGUGCCGCCGGGCCAGUCUGCCCAUGGCAGAUCAGCCGGUGCGGAGGUGACGGUGAGAGAGUACGGUCCCGCUUCCGGCGACAGCUGGUUUGUUAUCGACACCCUGUCACCGACUGUCAAGGAGAGUGGCGUCAAUGAAGUCAGCGAGAGUCGUCAGCGUGCCAUUUCCGCAGUCGAAGAGGCCCGCGAUGCCACCAACCUGAGUCUCACACAGAGUUUAGUGGCCCACCAUGGGCAGGCAGCAGUGGCUGCUGAUCCCGACUACAAGGACUCUCCAGUCACGGCUGGUGCUACCAGUGUAGAAUCUUCCCGUACGCCGUCUGACUGGGACGUUGUCGAUUCAACGGAAAUAGAGAUUGUGGGAGGAGGAAGACGACACGUGCAGCCUGCAGCAAGAGUCGAAGUAGACGGUGAUGACACGCUUGUGGACAUAGAUGCAGCUGAAGCGGAUGUGGCCCCCGCACCCAUUACGGAGUCAAUAGUGCAUAGUGAUCCUAUUGAGAUGAACACUGGACAUGCAGCAGUGGGCAGCACCCAGGAAGCAAGACCUUCUUCGUCCAGUCAAGUCAGUGAAGAGUAUUCAACGUAUGGAAGCCCUCUGACAAUGUUUGUAUGCCUAGCCAUACUCCUUGAGCAUCGUAACGCUAUCAUGCAAGACAACCUCGUGCAGGAAUCCAUCGCUAUACAUUUUGACAAGCUGCGGGGCCGACAUGAUAUCGGUUCCAUCCUUGAUAAAGCACGCACGCUGCUGUCUGAUUAUGUCAACUCAGAGGUGAGCACUCCACCCUACUCCCCGCCAGAUGCAUCAGUGUUGCUAUGAGAGACAUGACGGGUGAUGGUGUUAUUGUUCAUCUCUGUCCUGUCGCCUGGUCCUCUUAGUCAACACUAUGCAAAGAUCUAUGUGUGAGUUUGGUCAGUGCUGGCAGGGGAGAAUUGUGGAUCUGUCUGAUACUGAUGAACACGUACAGGCCGGGUCCGUUGUAGUCAAGUACACUGUGUUGCUUCUCUGCCGUGCGGUCUGUUUCAUUGUAUGAAGCAGUAGAUUGUCUUCAUUUGUGUGGCAUUUUCACAGAUAGUAUGUCGUGUCACGCCCUUUUUACGGUGGAUUGGUACAUUUCCAUUCAUCCCCCUGCAAUAAAAUACAGUUUCAGUUGAUCUUGCAUGAGAGGUUCUGUACAUCUACAAUUUCUAAUUCCUACCAGAAUAUGGUCCUGUUUUCUGCUGAUGUUUACAACUUUUUUGAGUGUUACCUGUUUUUAAAGUCAUAUACAUGUCUAGCAGUUCACCAGUACAGCCCAUCAUGAUGUCGAUCUGGAUUAUUUAUUUUAAACACCGUUCUGUUUUAGAUACCUGCUCACCAGCUGCUCAAAGUAUUUGCCUUUAGAUUAGCACAUCCUGCUGUUGCCCCAUCUUUUAAACUUUUCUUCUUCAGUAACUAUAUGUGGUGUACCGCUGUGCGGUCAGUAUUCGUCGA